AUGUCUUUCGCUGCUCGCCACGCUCUGCGGCUCACCCGCGCUGCCGCCCCCGUCUCGCGACUCGCCUCCCCCUCUGUCCGCGGCUUCUCCGCCACCGCCGUUUCCCGCGUCUCCGACACGACCAAGAAGAACAGCGUUGUCCGCGAGAAGGAGGUGCCCGCCACCAUCUAUGAUGGCCCUGGCGCUGGCGACAAGCGCACCGUACAGGUCCCUGACGGCGCCGCCCGCGUGCCCUUUGAGAGCCCCCAGCCUCCCGCCGACGAUGCCCACGAGGCCGUCGAGCCGCUCUCCCGCAAAGCCUACGAGGCCCUCCCCCGCACCGUUCGCAACAUGACCGUCUUUGGCAAGACCAUUAUCAUUACGGGCGGCGCCCGUGGCCUGGGCAACCACAUGGCCCGGGCCUGCGCCGAGGCUGGUGCCAAGAACAUCGUCAUCUUUGACGCCAAUCAGGAGUUGGGUGACGCCGCCGCGGCUGAGCUCCACGACAAGUCGGGUGUCCCCGUCUCCUUCUUCAAGGUCGACGUUCGUGACGGCGCCGCCAUCAACGCUGCUGUCGACUCCGUCGUUGACCUCUACGGUGCCCCCGACGUCCUCGUCAACUCGGCCGGUAUCGCCGACUCCAACAUCAAGGCCGAGACCUACGACCCGGCCAUGUUCCGCCGCCUUAUCGACAUCAACCUUACCGGCACCUUCCUCAUGUCUCAGGCCGUCGGCCGCGCCAUGAUGGCCGCCGGAAAGUCGGGCUCCCUUAUCCUCGUCGCCUCCAUGUCCGGCUCCAUCGUCAACUACCCCCAGGAGCAGUCCUGCUACAACGCCUCCAAGGCUGGUGUCAUCCAGUUUUCUAAGUCGCUCGCCGCCGAGUGGGCCAAGCACGGCAUUCGUGUCAACACCAUCUCCCCCGGCUACAUGGACACCGCCCUUAACCGCGUGCCCGCUCUCGAGGCCCAGAAGAAGAUCUGGCGCGGGCUCACUCCCCAGAACCGUCUGGGCAACGUCGACGAGCUCAACGGCCUCUGCGUCUUCCUCGCCUCCGACUCCUCGAGCUUCAUGACUGGUGCCGACUGCAUCAUCGACGGUGGAUACUCGCUGUGGUAA